UGGAGUCAUGACUUCCUGUUCAGAGGUUCUUUGCCUUCAACAAAGAUGGUGCUUAUGGUACAGGUUCCCUGACAGUUUGGAUUCCGGUUGCAGUUUUUUUUUUUUCCCUUAAGAUACUUGUUUGCAGACGGGAAAUGGAGGCUAGAGACAAGCAAGUGCUUCGUUCCCUUCGCCUGGAGUUGGGUGCAGAAGUACUGGUGGAGGGGCUAGUCCUCCAGUAUCUUUAUCAGGAAGGGAUCUUGACAGAAAGCCACGUUCAAGAAAUUAAAGCUCAAGCCACAGGUCUCCGGAAGACAAUGCUACUGCUGGAUAUCCUACCUUCCAGAGGUCCUAAAGCCUUCGAUGCAUUCCUAGAUUCCCUGCAGGAAUUCCCUUGGGUAAGGGAGAAGCUGGAGAAGGCAAGAGAAGAAGCUGUAGUUGAACUGCCUGCAGAUGACCGGAUGGCUGGAAUCCCCCCGCACAUGCUGCACAGCUCCCCGUCCGACCGGCAGAUCAACCAGCUGGCCCUGAGGCUGGGCCCCGAGUGGGAGCCUGUGGUGCUAUCUCUGGGGCUAUCCCAGACAGACAUCUACCGCUGUAAGGCCAACCAUCCCCACAACGUGCAGUCCCAGGUGGUGGAGGCCUUCGUGCGCUGGAGGCAGCACUUCGGGAAGGAGGCCACCUUCCAGAGCCUGCACAGGGGCCUCCAGGCAGUGGACGUGGACCCCUCGGUGCUCCAGCACAUGUUGGAAUGACUGGGCCCUCGUCCAUGCUUGGGGCUAGUCACAUGGCUGAAUGGAGACUCUCACCAGGGCAGGUAGAUUUGGGGGUGGGGUUGUUUCUUUGUCAUGGUGAUUUUUAGAUGAGAGGAAAUAGUGGAAUUUGCACUUGACGUUAGUUGACAAGCGGGAUUACUCAGGAGGGUUGCCGGAAUGAAUUGACAGUUGACUUUCUAAUUGCUCAAAUACUGCAUUUUUUGAAUUGUGCAGGUUUUAAUUGUGUGGUUGCCUUUUAAUAGACUGGUGAGUCCUACUCGUUAAAAAAAAAAAUACAGGUAUUCUGUGUAUAAAUCACCCACUUUUAUGUUGCCUGGGAACUCUACAGUGGAUUUAAUUAUUAAUGAUGACAAUAAUAAAAAAAAAUUGCUGUAUAUAAUGUAGCCCUUUCAUGAGAAAGUAUUGCUUUUUUUCCCCCCCUUUCAUUCUUGUAUUGCCUAGAUUUAGGGUAUAAAAUUACGGUAGUUGUGUCUUUGGAACGGAAUUGAUAGUAACAGUGGAAUAGUUACUUGCUCUAGUCAGGAUGAAUAGCUCAGGCAGGGUGUCUGCAUUGAAGUUAAGACACUAAAGCUCCCUGCAAAGACCAGUUCAAAUACCAGCAUGCAUACCUGAGCCCUUUAUCUUUAAAAGAUUUGCUUAAGAAAAUCCCGUGCCCUUUAUUUAAAGAACUGGAGGUUGGGGGACAGUGUGGUCUUUCUCCUGAAGCUGUGAUGAUUGACGCGUUGUGCUCCUAAGGUCUAUCUAUGACCUAGUCUUCUGACUUUUUAAAAUAACACAUGCUAUUUGUCAAAUGCUCUACUGUUUUCAAGGCCUUUAGUACAUAGGAUCUCACUUGGAUCUCACAAAAAGCCUGUGAAGUAGUUGAGCAAGAGGUGAGCUCCAUCCCGUAGCAAGAUGGAGUGAUUUACUAGCAGCGUCUCCCCGGACAAGUUAUUUCACUUCUCUAAGCCUCAGUUUCCUCAUUUGUAGAGUGAGGCAAUGACGGUCCUCACCUCCGAGAUAUUUGUAACAAGUGGAAGAAUAACGUCUGCCAUGGGCUCAUCCAGUGCCUGGCCCGUCGUCAGCUCUUGGGAAAUGGUAGCUGUUAAUUCUCUGCCGUGGCUAAACAUGGAUACAGUUCCCAGGUCAAGGGGAACAGUGGCUAAAGCUGAGGGUUCUGUAGGAGGAAGUGCUGUUACCAUGUUUCUGGUUAAGCUUUAAAAGGUGAUCUGCUUUUAUUAAUGCUAUUAUGAGUCCAAUAAAGAGAGUGCAGACUUCCCUGGUGGUCCAGUGGCUAAGACUUUGGCUCUCAAUGCAGGCUGCCCAGGUUCGAUCCCUGGUCAGGAAACUAGAUUCCACAUUCUGCAACUAGAAGUUUACAUGCUGCAGGUAAAUACCGAGGGAUCCUCAUGCCACAACUAAGGCCCAGGAUAGCCAAAUAAAUAAGUAAUAAUAAUUUAUUUUAAGCAGUAACAGGUGAACAUUCCCAUUUGUGAUCCAUCCUUUGGAAUAAUUGGAGAAUCUAUUUCCCAAUACCAACCUAACUAAAUUCUUCAAAGGGAAAAAUAUUCUGAGGGGAAGCAUAUGGAGUAGUGAGGCUUGACAGAAGGUAGGUCUUCAAGACGAUGACAGUGGUGUGUUAAUUACAUUCUGUCAGGUGCCUGGUAACCAUAUUCUCUUUCCUAAAAAGGAUCAGUUAUUUAACAGUCCAGCAGUUUGGCAGUUUGGCUCACUGGUCUUAUCACCUCUAAUUUUCCAUCCUGUAGUCCAGUCAUUAAUUCAUGAUCUUGUAAAAUCCUUACACUUUUGGCCUCAUCACUGCACUGAGUGACUGUACUUCCACAGUAUCUUCAAUAACUGCUUGUCACUUUGAACUCUGGACUUGCGUUGCUGUUCGUCCCCCCAGAUUUGCUAACAGAGAGUUAUUUCAGCUUUUGUUCUCACCACAUUUAUGGAUGAGUGAGUAUAGCUGGGCUGGACUGCACUCAGUUAGAUGACAUUUUAUUAGUGGAUCUAAUGACUAGGGGCUUCCCAGGUGGUGCUAGUGGCAAAGAACUCACUUGCCAGUGCAGGAAACAGGAGAGA